AUGACCAACGGUAGCGGUAGGCCGAUAAAAUCACAAUCGAAUAGCACAUCCAGCGACGCCACGAACGAAGCGUACCGCAAAGCAGCCAAGCUGUUGCACGAAAAAUGCAAAGCAGUGCAGCGAAGCAACGAACGACUCGUAUUCAGAUUACACAAGAUUCAAAAGAUGACGAAAAGCCGUGUUCGUGAUGUGGAGUUGCUGAAGGCAAGAUUGGAUUCCUACGGUGACGGCUGGAGGACGGCUCCGGAUCCGAACGAUAUGAAGGAGGAGGGAGAAGAAUAGUCUUCACUUUUGCUUAAGCCAUGUUUACUGUAAAUUUAGUGUAAAUAAUGUGUUUAUUCUUCGGAAUCCUUAUUUA